GUUAGUUAGCCUUGACUGUUGAGAGGAGGAUGGACAUCUUCAGCAGACUACCGCUCCUCCCUCGUCGGAUCGUCCAAUCUUAUCUUCAAGAUGUGUCUCCGCAGCAGAGAAGAUUGUUCUCGUCGACAUGCACCGUCGCCGAGUCUUCGAAGAAGUAUUCGGCCACCCUGCUAUUGCCCAAAACUGAAAUGCCUACGAGACACAAGAAGCCUGUAGUUGAAGAGCAAAGGCUGCGAGCCAAGACUACAACACGUCUAUACGCCUGGCAGAACGAGCAUCGAUCAGGGCCUCUCUUUGUUCUGCACGACGGCCCCCCUUAUGCGAAUGGUAACCUUCACAUGGGUCAUGCUCUGAACAAGGUCCUGAAGGACUUUAUAAAUCGCUACAAACUCCUGCGUGGCCAUCGCAUACACUUCGUACCAGGCUGGGACUGUCAUGGAUUGCCGAUCGAGCAGAAAGCUCUGUCGAAGCUGACAAAAAAGCAUACAGAACUUGAUCCCAUCGAAAUCCGGAGGAUAGCCAAGGCGGAGGCUCUUGAAGCUAUCGUGACGCAGAAGCAAGAAUUCCUAGACUUGGGAAUAAUGGCCGAUUGGGAUUCUGAUUCAAACACAUACCGGUCUCUUGAUCAUGACUUCGAAAUGAGAGAGCUCAAGCUUUUCGAGCGCAUGGUUGAGAGACGCCUUGUUGCUUAUCGCAAGCGUCCGACAUAUUUUUCUCCGGCAUCGCGAACUGCACUGGCCGAAUCAGAAUUGACCUAUCGUGAAGAUCAUCAGUCAAGGUCAAUCUAUGUGGCAUUUGAGGCGGAUACCAGCCAGCCUUCUCCUGGUCUCAAAGCGGCUUUAAGCGAGGUCCAGUCAAAGACGGGAGGGGACCCAACUUUGAAACUCGUGAUAUGGACGACAACGCCAUGGAGUUUGCCCGGGAAUGCCGGAGUUGCCAUCAAUAAAGACGCAAUAUACGAGGUCGUAUCGAGAAGCGAUGGGCAAGCUUUGGUGAUCAUGCAGGACCGAAGACCCCAUCUUGAGGAGAUUUUGGGACCGUGUAGAGUGCUCGCCACCAUACGAGGGGAGGAUCUGAUCGGAACGCCUUAUUAUCAUCCAUUUCACGGUCGUAACUCCUCCGAGAGGGCACCAGUCGUGUUCCACUCGGACAAUGUCAGCAGUAGCUCUGGUACCGGUCUAGUUCACUCUGCACCUGCCCAUGGACACGAUGACUACACCGAUUUUCAGGCACUGGGUCUGCUCCCAGAUGUACUGCGUUCACCAAUAGAUGACAGCGGAUGCUUCACGGCGGAGGUUGGACAGUGGUCGCAGAGCGAUGUGGCAGGAUCAUUAAUCGGUGAACCCGUUCUUGGCAAAGGUACAGCGCUCAUGAUCGACUUGUUGGGGCGAGAUGGAUGGCUUUUGGCCGAAGCAAAGCACAAGCACAAGUAUCCUUAUGACUGGAAGUCUCACACCCCGGUCAUAGUCCGUGCCACAUCUCAGUGGUUUGUCUCACUGGAAAGCCUUCGGAGCUUGGCGAUAGACGCGCUGGAUAAGAUAGCAUUCCAUCCGGCUCAAUCGCGACAACGUCUGGAAUCCUUCUUGCAAAGCCGAGCUGAAUGGUGCAUCUCACGACAGAGGAGCUGGGGUGUACCUAUCCCAGUUCUGUUCGAUUCGGAUGAUCGGCCAAUCUUAGACAGAGCCAGUCUCUCCCACAACAUCUCGGUGCUCAAAGAGAAAGGUGCUGAUCAUUGGUGGUCUGGUCCCAUCCGAGAUUUUGCUGGAAACCAAACUGGCGCGCAUAGGAGUAUGGAUACGCUCGAUGUGUGGUUCGACAGCGGCUCGACAUGGACCUUGUUGAACGAGCUCGAUCGUGGGGUUUUCACUGCCGACGUCUGCCUUGAAGGUUCAGAUCAGCAUCGAGGCUGGUUCCAAUCUCAGUUGUUCACAUUGCUUGCCCAGGGUGAAGGUCGUCUGCCUUAUAAGUCGCUCAUCACCCAUGGUUUCAUCCUUGACGAGAAGGGCUCGAAAAUGAGCAAAUCAGCGGGCAAUGGCUUAUCGCCUUCAGACAUUGUACACGGGGUCGAGAAUAAAGCAGGUUAUGGUGCCGACGCACUGCGGCUCUGGGCUGCUUCUGUCGAUUACCAGCGAGACGUGACGUUAGGCCAAUCAAGCCUGACCCAGGCUGCGGAGACAUUGAGACGACUGCGCAGCGUUUCACGCUUCCUUGUCGGUGUCACUGGGCCCUACUCAAAAUCGUCUAGCGAAACUGCUUCCAAGUUCCUGCUGGAUCGCUACAUACUCGAUGAACUCGCUUCCGUUGAGCGAGAGGUGGCGGCAGCAUACGAGAGCUUCGCAUUCAACCGAGCUUUGAAUGCUAUUACAACUUUCUGUGCAUCGACGACGUCGACACUCUAUUUCGAUGUGAUAAAGGACAUUCUGUACUGCAACGCUGUUCACGAUCCAAGGCGCGCUGCGGCGUUGCAGGUCUGCCGACAAGUACUGCAGACCACCUUGAAAAUGAUGGCGCCACUGGUCCCCCAUCUCGCUGAGGAAGUACACGAAGCCUGGACAGGAGGCUCGUGUUCAGUCUUCGAGGAGGUAUGGACGCCUCGGACGACAUCUGACGAGGUUGCCCGUAACCUCACUAUGCCCUUGCUGCGUCUCAGACAAGCCGUCAUAAACAUUGGAGAAGUCGCUCGGACUGACGGGUCCCUUGGGCAGCUUUCCGAGGCUGAUAUGUGGAUUACUGGGUCUGGCUCUGCCAGCCAAGCGACUAUAGAGAAUUUAUUGUCAAAUGAGGAGAUCAUACCAGUCUCCCAAAUCAAGCAAGGGGUCCCUCCGUCAGACAGGACGGUCGUAGCGACUACGAAUCUGAUCUUAGGCGACGAUGCCGACUAUGAGAUCAAGUUGACACGGAGCGUACUGGUCAAAUGUCCCCGUUGUUGGAAGCAUCGAUCGACCAGCGAAGGCCAGCUCUGUGCUCGAUGUCAAGGCGUAGUAGUGAUGGAGUGAUCAUGCCAAUGCAAUACAGGUCUGCAUCAGGGAUACAAAGCGACGGCCGGCAGGUACGCGAAAGCUGCGUGCGACACGUCAUUCCUUUUUCAAACUUAAUUGCCACUUUUUUGGGGGUCGAUCGUCGGCAUCUGAUACAACGAAAUCUCCUCAAGUGCCGAAGAUCGACAUGUCCAUUACAUCAUUUUUAUUAUCAUUCAUGAAAUCUUGACUAAGGGAUUCCC